UCAAAGUAAGACAUCACCAUGGCCAUCAAUUGCAGUAAUGUUAUCUAUUAUUUCAUACUGAACCUCCUUUGUGGGCCCUAUUUCGAGCAAAUCAAGCUCACAUUCCUCACAAUUUUUGCGCUUUCAACGUCUUCCUGGAUCAUCUUCUGCGCAGUCAUCACAUUUGCCCCCUCUAAUGUCAAGUUCCACGUAACUCAGGCUUCUCUCACAAAGUUCAACCUCACAACCAACACUUUGGAUUACAAACUAGAAGCCAACAUCACAUCAAGAAAUCCCAACAAGAACGUUGAAAUACACUACAUGAGGGUCACCGCAAUUGCAUGGUACAAAGAUAAUGAGUUUGCUAGGGUGAAUCUUUCAUCUUUUGAUCAAGGCCGCAAGAAUACCACUUUUCUGCAUGUAGGGUUUGAAGGGAAGGGUGUGAUCAUACUCAAGCCUAAACAACUUUUCGAGUACAGCCAAGAGACGCGUGUAGGGAUCUAUAAUGACUUGGCUAUCGAUUUGGAUUUUUCAAUGACGUAUAAGUUUGGAAUUCACAAGAGUUGGCCCUUCGAACCACCAAUUGUGAAAUGUCGUCGAUUGAGUCUUUCUUUGAUUUCUAAUGGUAACUCAUCAGCAGCAGCACCUUCUUUUCAGGUUAGAAGAUGCAGAACUGGUCCUUUCUUUGUUAAUCGAUAAUCCUUUGUAGCAUUUAAAGAUUUGCUUAGUUUUGGUUAUUUGAUCUAGGGUUUGUUUAGUUUUCAGAUGAUAAAGUUGUAUAAAAUCACAUGGUGGCGCUAGUAUAUAAAGUGCUAUAUGUGUGAAUAUGACUGUUAGGAUUUGUUUAGUUUGGAAUUAUGAUUUGAGUAUUUUGUGCCUGUUAUGGAAUAGUUAUCACGUUUUGCU